CAGGUGAAGUGGAAACACGGUUUGCUCAUAACCCUCAGUUAAAAAGGAGUUGUCUGAGUUUGUCGUGGACUGCAUAUACAGUAGAGGUGUGAUAAUGUAUGGAGCUCCAGUGGAUUUAUCUUUCAAAAACAUCUGCAGUUUGGAAGAUGCAUGGACCGAAGAACCCAGCAGGGGUCUGCGGCCUUUAAAGAGAAAUUCAGAGAGGAAAUUCCCAAGCCGCUCUCUACGUCUCAAUAAUAACGACAUCCUGGACCUUCAUGACCUCCAGAAGACUGUUAGCUACUUCCUGGCUGAGCCUUCACAGCUUGCCUGGCUUGACCUCUCCUUCAACAGCAUCUCACACAUAGAUAAAGUUUUGUGUGAGCUGCGUGAGCUGCGUGUGUUGUAUCUUCACGGCAACAGCAUUUUUAUUCUCUCAGAGGUGGACCGGCUGGGAGCACUGCCACAUCUACACACCAUCACUCUGCAUGGAAAUGUCAUAGAAACCAACAAGGCUUACAGGAAUCGUGUGAUUUCUGCUCUGCCUCAGUUAAAGACGAUGGACUUCGGUGCUGUGACGCGACAGGAGCGAGUCAUGGCAAAGAUUUGGCAUCAGAGCAACAGUCGCAUCAGAGCAACAGGUUAUUGAAAUCAUAGUUUCACCCAAAUGUCCUGUGCCCCAAAUCCACGUCUUAAGUCAAUUCUAUAAUAUUGUUUGUUUGUUUCUUUGAAUAUUUGGUUAAAUCAGCACUAUUUCCAAUGUUUUUGUCUGGUUUUUGGAUGGAAUGAAUAGUUUGGACGUUAACAUACUGAAGAUAUGUAGCCAUUUCAAUAAGACAAAGAGUGCUUAUGUUGAAAAUCUUUAAUGAGAUAAUUAAACCAAAAAACAAACAAAAACAACCAAAUUCUUAAAACUUUUUGGUACUAGCCUAAGAUAUAUCAAACAUAUUUCAGGUAGUCGAACACAUUUGAGUAACAAACAAACCAGAAGCAAAUGCCAAGAACCCAUUGCAAAAAGCUCAAAUCAAUUGCGUGGUUGAAGAAAUCACAGCCUUGCAGAUCAUCCCUUUAGAGACUGCUCCCUGCACACGCUUACAGUCAUGUGCUCUCCUCCAAAGAGCAAAUAAGCAUUUAAAAACACAAAUAAAUAAUCACAAAAGG